UUUAUCUUUACUUCGAUGGAUGAAUUCUUUGGCCAGUCAUCCCAGCCAGAUGGACCGGAAAUCGCAGCAAAACUCGUUUCUUUAUUCUCGAUUUCUUUACUUUCGUUGCUAUUUGGAAUAAAAACGUAUAACGUACAUUUUCGAUAUCUCACGUACUCGCGUUGGUUAGUCUUAACCUUAUAUUUGUUCUCCUGGGCGUUCUCAGCUUUCAGUAUGCUGUUAGUAACCACCAAUAACCGUAAUUUCACCUCUUGCUUUUUAUCAAUUAUGGUGUGUGAUAUAUUCUAUUCCGGGACUAAAAUUACCAUAUACUGUUGGCUGAUUGAGAAGGUUUACGUUGUAUCUUCUAUUAGAACGACUAGAUGGAAGUCAAUGGCUUAUAGAUUUCAUGUUGUUUUAAUGACACCAUAUAUUGCGAUUUUCACAUUAAUGUUGAUUUUUCACAUUUCGGAAAUAGAUGAAUCCGGCAUCUGUAUCAUUGGUCUGCAGUCAAUCGCAUCAUUGCCUCUUUUAAUUUAUGAUUUUCUGAUUAACUUAUAUAUGACUGUAUUCUUUGUUCGACCUCUACUGAGACUUGGCUCAGGCUCUAAAAAAAUUAAUUGGAAGGCAUCUAGAUUGAACGAAGUCGCUUUGCGUACUUUAGUUGCAUCCGUUGUUUGCCUGAUAGCAUCCUUUGCGAAUAUAUUUACCUUAGUUAUGUUCGACGGAAGAGAAAGGGGUCUGGUUUGCUUGACUUGUUGCACGGUAGAUGUAACAAUUAACGUUACCACGGUUCAUUGGGUCACUUCACAUACUCCUGGUAAAAGAAUGAAAGAUAAUAUGGACUAUUCUACUAAUCAAAGGGAAUCAAACCCCGAGUAUUCCGGUUAUCAGAGAAGCCAAACAAAGGACGUCGAACCACAAUUUAUUGUACAUCACAGUAAUGACAAUGUUAACAAUAAUGCACCUGAACACCAUUUACACGACGUUAACGACGACACGUUUAACUUUUCUAAUCCAAACCGUAGUAAUAUACCUCCCUAUAACUCAUACUCUACAACUUCUAACGUAACAAGAAAAGAAAAAUGCGAUGAUCUGGAGUCUACAGAUAGUAAUUUUCUCGCGUCUUCACUACAUGAAUCACAUAACAGUCGGAAGUCCCUGACAAAACUUUAAUUAAUACCGCAUCGUACUAGAGACGUUUUGGUCUUUAGUCACUGUAACAACAAUUGUAUUAUUAUUAUCGACUGACAAUUAAAGUUUCAGCGCAUUAUUUAUUUCAUUGUCUUUAAAUUUGAAGUUAAACUGACAAAAAACAUUCUGAACUUAGAACUAAGCCUUAUUAUGUUUUAUACUUUUUCAAAAUACACAUUAACGCACAUCUUUAAAUAAAAGCAAAGUUCCCAAAC